CCUUUCAAGUUUCAACUAUCUCUCUCUCUCUCUAUCUAUUGAAAAUGUCUCAAAUCACAAUAAAAUCUCCAAAACACUGUGCUAGCAAGCAAGCAUUGAAAAUAGACAGGAACUACAGGAAACUGUUCUUUGGUUUAUCAGCAUUUUUCACCUCUAUCCUAUCACUGAUACUUCUUAUAUGGUUCAUCCUACACCCUGCCAAGCCUCAAUUCUCCCUCAUAGAAGCUGAUAUCUACCAGCUGAACCUAUCAGGACCAAACCUCAACUCCUCCAUCCAACUCACUCUGCUCUCCAAGAACCCAAACCAGAAAGUUGGCAUUUACUACGAUGAGUUUCAAGCUUAUGCAACCUACAAGGGCCAACAGAUAACCGGUGAUACCUCUGUGCCUCCCUUUUACCAAGGCCAAGAAGAGAGUAAUCUUUUAACAUCAUCUUUAGUAGGAAAUGGUUUACCCGUUGCUCCCUCUCUUGGUUAUGAAGUGGGUCGUGAUCAAAUUACUGGAAGACUAGUUUUGAACCUCAAAGUUAAUGGAAAGCUUCGUUGGAAGGUGGGAACUUGGGUCUCUGGACGUUACAGGUUCAAUGUUAAUUGUGUUUCUAUCAUGGCCUUUGGACCCUCUAUACCCCAAGGUCCUCUGAUUUCAAAGCAGGGGGCUCAGUGUUCUACCACAAUUUGAACUACUAUAUUGCUAACUUCAAUAUAAUCCAAUAUUCAUAUCAUAGCGUGUUCUUCAAGUUUUAUUAUUUUCAGCAGCUUUUGGUUGGCUUUUGUAUUUAAAUGUAUUUUGAAGCCACUUAGUGAAUUGUAAAUAAAAUAUAUGAAUGAUAGGACCAAAAGUUAUAUUUUGUGAGUGAGAAUGAAAAAGGAUGCAUAUUAGAUGGUUAAUCUUAUCUUUUUUUGCUUUUAGCUUCAUUUCUCUCUCUCUCUCUCUUCUUUCACUCACUAUCUAUCUAAAUUGGUUUUGCUAUGCAUGUGAUGAUAGAGC